ACACACACAGACAGACACACACGUGCGUUUAAAUAGCGAGGGCGUAUAAUCUGUGCGCGCGCCGGAGGACUGGUGUUUAACCGCGGAGCGCGUCCGCGGGGACCCGCACACACACGCGCGCGCGCUCACACACAGCUCGGACCACUCGGACCAUGGCACUGACAUCUCUACACACACCUCUGGAUCUUACCUGCGUUUGGAACUCUGUGUGGAGUGUGUGAGCUGGUUUCGUCCUGAUCAUGUCGAGUUGAUGUGUGUGUGUGACGGUUUCGCGUCGGGAUCGAGUCCCUCAGGACACUCAUGUCUCUCUCUCUCUCUGGAUCUUAACGACAGGCUCGGGAUACUCUCUCUAUUCUCGUGUUUUCUCUCUUUAUUCUCGUGUUUUCUCUCUGGAGCGGAUUUAGGAUGCUGUGUGUGUCUUCUCCAGUAACACACAACCUGCUGCUCUGGCUCUUCAUUCUCCAAACGCCUCAUUCAACUGCGCCUUUAAUCACCGGAACAGAGGCUAGCUGUGAGAACGAGGGAGAAGUCCUGCACAUCCCCAACAUCACAGACAACCCCUGCAUCUCCUGCGUGUGUCUGAACCAGAAAGCGGACUGUAAGCAGGAGAAGUGUCCGGUGUUGGAUGAAGACUGUGCGCUGGUGGUCAAACAGACGGGAGCCUGCUGUGAACGAUGCAAAGGCUGUCAGCUGAACGGGAUGUCCUACAACAGUUCCCAUCACUGGAUCAGUCCUGUUAAGCCCUGUGUCACAUACAGCUGUCAGGAAGGAGUCGUCACUGAAGCAGAGAUGAGGUGUGUUAUUCACUGUAAAAACCCCAGAAUACACCCGAAGAGAUGCUGUCCAACCUGCCCGGGAUGUAUUUUCGAGGGACAUUUAUAUAAAGAAGAGGAAGAAUUUCAUCCUGAAGGGAAUCCCUGUAUUAAAUGCAUCUGCACUGGAGGUCACAGCAUGUGUCAGAAGGUGGUGUGUCCUGUCCUGUCCUGCCCGUCUCAUCUCACACACACACCGGCGGGUCACUGCUGUCCCAGAUGCCGUGGUCAGAGGAAGGUGUUUGACCUGUCUCCGGGCAGCUGUCUCUUCCACAGCGAGGUCUACGAGAACGGCUCCUCCAUCAGCUACGACGCCUGCACCGUCUGCACGUGUGUGGACUCUACGGUGGCCUGCAGGAGGACGUGCUCCCCGCCCGGCUCCUGUCGAGGCCCCGCCUGCUGUGAGGAGUGCCAGACUCACCUUAAGAUGGAAGAUGUGAAGUACUGCAGGGUGAAGAGCAAAAUAUAUAGGGACGGGGACAGAUGGUCGUCGGUGAACUGUUCUCUGUGCACAUGUGUUAAGGGGAAUAUUGAGUGUCAGCCCAAGAUUUGUGUUCCUAUUACCAGCUGUCCCUCGAAUAAGAUCCUGAAUCGCACCGGCUGCUGUCCUGUCUGCACUGACAAGCCAGGCGUGUGCACCGUGUUCGGAGACCCUCACUAUAACACGUUUGACGGCCGCACCUUUAACUUCCAGGGCCGGUGUAAGUACGUGCUGACUAAAGACUGCUCUCCUGCGGCCAGCUUCACUGUGCUGGUGAAGAACGACGCUCGUCGCACACGCUCCUUCUCAUGGACCACGUCGGUGGAGCUGCACACGUCAGGCCUGAGCAUCAGCCUCCACCAGCACCUGACCGUACGCCACAACGGCACACGCAUCGCUCUGCCCUUCCACAGCACCGGCGUCCACAUCGACCUGGACGGGUACCUGCUCAAACUCACCACCAUCGCAGGCCUGGAGAUCUCGUGGGACGGGGACAGUCUGGUGGAGGUGGUCGCGGCCCCGCAUCUGAAGGAGCGUCUCUGCGGGCUGUGUGGAAACUACAACGGUCACAGGCGAGACGACUCGCUCGGAGGAGACGGAAAGUUUAAGUUUGACGUGGAUGAGUUUGCUGAAUCAUGGCGCGUUGAGGACAACGAGGUGUGUGAGGCUCCCAACCACAAGCCCAUGACCUUCCUCUGUCCCGGCUCAGUCAAAGUGAAGCUCCGCGCGCACAGAACCUGCCAGAAGCUAAAGUCCUGGGAGUUUCAGAAGUGCCAUUCUGCUGUAGACUUUACCUCCUUCUACAAGUCAUGUGUCACAGACAUGUGUGAGUGUCCAGUGCAUAAGAACUGUUACUGCGAGUCGUUCAUAGCAUACAGUCGAGCGUGUGAGCGAGAGGGCAUCCGUGUGCACUGGAGACCGGAGCUCGCCUGCAUCAGCACACACUGCAAACAUGGUGCGGUUUACGACACAUGUGGACCCGGCUGCACGAAAACCUGCCAUAACUGGAACGAGGUCGGCCCGUGUCACAGACCCUGUGUGGCCGGCUGUCACUGUCCUGCCAACCUUGUCCUGUUUCAGGGACACUGCGUUAAACACACAACCUGCCCCGGGUCAUGAUGACCCACGUGACCUAUACAAGAGAUCCAAACACACAGGGGGGAAGAGAACUGGGCAAACAGGACUGGACCAACCGGUAACCUUCCAGGGUCUCUCUCUCGAAUCACACUGAAGUGAGUUAAACUGCAGUUCCUCCACUGGCCACUAGAGGCCGGCUGCAGGAGAGAUUCAUUCCCAUAGACCCGCAUGUUAAAAUGCCCAACUUUACAGCAGAAAUGAACAUGUUUUCAGUCUGGUUUAAAAAGUGGUUUUGGUCUAUAAAGCUAAUCCUGCCCUUCAUGACGACUGUGAGGGGGGUGAAUUUUUUUAUAACUCAUCC